CUCAAGUUGUUGUCGUGAGUUAAGUAAACAAAAUAGUUUUGCGGAAACACGAAAAGUCAAAGUUGAAAAUCCAAGCCUGAUUUGAGCAAUAUUCCGGUAGCAUGAGUUGAAGAAGUGUGUAAUGACCAGCCAAAUAUUUCAGGUAUAAGAACUCGCGUUAUCUAGUUUAGCUAAGAAUUGCCGAGGUAUCACUUUCAGCGCAAUUGACGUCAAACUACAAUGGUGGAGGCUAAAUUUUGUUUCGUUUUCUGUCUGUUAACAAUAUUCUUUUGUUAAAUUCGUGGGUUUUUUCCCUUUGUUUUCACUUUCAAAAUCAACGACAAUUAGUCCAGUGCUGAGCUAUUUUCACUUUAGUUAAAGCAUUUUACGACGAGCUAUAAUGGAGGAGGCUAAAUUUUGUUACUUUAUCAAGCUGAUUUUUUUCUUGCCGGGCAUUUGGUGUUCUCCGAUGCCCAGGUGUCGCCCAACCGACUUCACAGAAUUUACAGUCAACAUGGAGUCGAUGGCACGUCAACAUAAAGCCAAAAGAUUCUUGUUAAUCACUGAAAACCUCAGCGGUGAAUUCAGUCUGUCCUUCACGGGGAGUAGAGGAGCAACAGGGACAAAGUUUGUCUUGAGGAGAGAAUGUUCAGGUCAAAACCUAGUGUAUUCCUUCAAGCCCUACAAAAAGCCAGACUUUAUCAUAGCUGUGGAGGAUGAAAAGUUAGUGGUGAAGAGUGCAUCGACUGUGACAGACAACAAAUUGAAGUUCCAAAAGAGAAAUAUCGCCAUGACAUACUUUGACAGUGACCGAAACUCGGCUGUCAGCAUGGAAUAUUCCGCACUGAUGUCUUUAUCCACACCUCGAGCGGUAAUUAAAAGUAAUAGGUCUGGAAAAGUGUUCCUAGACAAGAAAAAGAACUGGAAAGAUUGUCGCGCAUGGGUAAAAAUAAACGAUAAUGUUUAAUGUAAUGGUGCCUUCACUAAGCCAUGUUCACGUGUGAAAAUUAUUGUAGCGGAUCUUUUUAAAGUAGUGGGAUGUUGAAGGCCUAAAUGUAAUAACCGUCCUAAAUGUCAUAAAGACCUAAAUGUAAUAUGAUUUGGUUAGAUGUAAUAAAGUCCUAAAUGUAAUAAGCCUCCAAUGCAAUCGUUUAACUCCUGAUAGCGCACAUCCACAUUGAGAUGUUAAAGUGACAAAAAUCCUCUGACCAGUAUUCAUGUCACAUUGCGGGUUUGCUGAUAUCAAUCAGCGUCUUCUUAUUUGUUGGACUUAAGUAAAGAAGCAUUGGCUGCAAACCGUUACACUGAUGAACAAUUAGCAGCAAAUGAUAGCUGGCAAAACAAUGAGUAGGCUGACCAAUACCUCUCCAUAUAUCACAGGCUCAAACUCUUAAGUACAAUUCUCGGUUUGCGGCUGACGUCAUACUUUUUUUGCAAGUAAAGCGUCCGCCAUGUUGGUGCCCAUCUCAGAUGUGAAAUUUCAUGCAGAUAUAUUACCAUCUCUACAGUGCCCUCUGUCAAAUCGUUUUAUGGAUAUUCCUGAUGAAAAAAAAUCCAGAAUCACAAGAGAAUAUUCUCCUUAGGAUACCUGUGCUUUCGAACUAUGUGGAGGGCCUAGAA